UUUUAUUUUUCUUUCUUUUACAGACACUCACACAGUCAGGGGAAGUUUGUGUUUGGGGUAUAGAGGAUGGUGCUUGUGUCAGCAGGAUUUAUCUGAAUAUCCAAGCAACAGUUCUGGCCUGCUCUCCUUCCUCCCUCUCUGCGGCUGUGGGGACCGAGGAUGGCCUUGUCCACUUCCUCGACGUCCGGGAUGUCGAAUCCCCUCGUGAAGUUCAUAAGGCCUUUCUCUCUGAAUCACCUGUGCAACACCUCCUGUAUGACCAGAGAGGAAUGUAUGUAUUAGUUGGAACAUCAGAAGGACACAUCUUUGUUAUCAAUGCCAAACCCUCAAGUUCAUUUGAGAUUCUUGGAUUCAUAGAGAUGGGCAAAGGCAUUUUACAAAUAUCCACAGUGUCUCCUUUGGAAACAGACAUAGUAGAAGUGAUGGUGCUUUCCCCAUUUCCAGAAACAAGAAGAAGCAGACUGGAAAUAUUUUCUCUGCCUAAAAUACUACCAGAAGUUUCUGCAAGCUUUGCUGAUGAACGAGGGAGGCUGAGAGAUGAAUUCAUUCAUAAGUUUGUGUACGAGACAGAGCACACUUUGUCCUCUGCGGUCUUGAACUUGCAAAGUAACCGAAUAUACGGCUUCUGUAAUCAAGUGCCAUACAUCUGCAGCUAUCUUCUUCCUGAAAAAGAACAUAGUGGUGUUUACAUUCUUAAGCCACACCAAAAAAUACAAAGCAAACAAUAUGGACCUGGAAUGCUCUCUCUGUCUCCACAUGGAUUGUGGCUCAUAACAAUAGCUAAAUGUGGAAUUCUGUGCAUCCGAGAUAUUCAUACUUUGGAAACAUUUACUCGGUGUCGGAGUCAUUCUCACCAGGGGCACGGGAUUCAAUCAGUGAGAAUUUCAAUGGAUGGACAAAGCAUUCUGGUGAAUGGGAGAGAUGACAACACACUGGUUAACCUAAGAUGGAGGCGGUUUGGAGGAGUCUUAGCCAAUGAUAUUCUUGAAUAUAGCCAGCAACUUACAACUUACCUGAAGACCAUCAUGGAUGAGGAGAAUAAUUAUUUAAGUAUACCAAAAAGAGAAUCCUUGGAUUUGGAAUCAGAAUCUGAACAUGCAGUAAAUGAGAAUAUGCAGUUAACCAUUGACUCAUCACAAGAGGAAUUAGUCAAAGUUGAUCAUACAGAAGAAAUUCCAUGGAUACAACAGAAAAGCCAAGAGGCCAUCAAAAAGGAGGUUAAAUUGUUUUCCAACAAAAGGAGAGAGAUAAAAAGAGGAAUCAAAGCACUCGCUAAAACUGUUCAGGACAUGAUGGAAGAAAAUGAAGCAGUAGAUGAUAUUGCAAAAUUAGAGCAACAAGAAUUUGGCCUGGAUCUUGAAGAACUGGAAAGGCUGCAUAAUGAAAAUGAGCAAGAGGUGGCAAAGAUAAGAAAGGAUGUUGAGAUGCAAAACCUAGCCAAGAGAUAUUUGUCUGAAAUCAUCAAAGAAGAAUGCUGGAAUUCGAUGUCUGUGAAAGGCCGAUCUCUUAAGUGCUUUCACAUCCCCUAUGUGGUUGAGAACUUCCCAAUGAAAGAACGCACAGAUGAAGAGUUGAAAGAAUUGAAGAGAGUUGUGCAGCAAAAGAAGAUUGAAACAGAGUGUCUUAAACUACGGAAAGAAGUUGUAGAGGUUCAGUCUGCAAUUACCUUGGUUAAAAAGCAUCAUGAAGAGGAGGAUGAAGAAGAGGAAGAAGAUGGGGCAGUAAAAGAUAGCAGCUUGCCCAAUUACAUGCUUGGCAGUCUGAGUACUGAUUUUAGGGUACAUACCUCUUUAUUGUCAAGCCAGUUGGAACUUCAUUCCAGAGAGGAGAAAAUCAACCAGAUUAUAUUGCUGAAAGAUAUUAUUUACAAGGUAAAAACAGCUUUCAAUAGUGAGUUUGAUGCUGCAUAUAAACAAAAAGAGAUUGAAAUUGCACGUGUGAAGGAAAAAAAUGUAAGGAUUAAAGAAAUUAUUUUAGAUCUGGAGUUGAAAGAAUCAGUCUGGCAACCAGAAUUUGAGGACUGUGAGAAGCCAGAGAGAACCCUUGUUGUGGAAAGUAGUGAGAUUUCAGCUCCAAGACAUAUUAAACCGUGGCAAAAAGCCAAGGCAGACUUGCUGGUGACCCGUGAAAUGGAGCGAUUGCUUCUGACACGGGGCCCUGACUUAAGACGCCGAGCCCUCAUGGACAUGAUGGGAGGAGUUCUGGAAGUCAAGAAGGAAGACAUUUUGAGAAUGGUGAUUCCUCAGCCUGCUUUCAUGGUAAAACCUGAUGCUUUGUGGUCUGAAGAAGAAAGGAAACACUUCAAAGAGUAUGAGAAAAAAGUCAAGGAGUUGAAUGAAGAGAGAGAUAAGUAUAGAAAGUCUUUAGAAACAGAAAUGAAGAAACUUCAAAAUUCUAUUCAAGAAAGCACACAGAAUUUUGACAAACAUUUGAAAAGACUCUUUGAAAGGAGAGUGAAGGCAGAGAUGGUUGUCAACCAGGAGGAAUUGAAAAUAAACAACCUUGUUUUCUCUUUACUGUUGGAUGAAGAAAUAAGCUCCAGAGAAACAUUCCUGAACAACUACCUUGCAAGGAAGCAGGAGGAGAAGAACCAGACCUCAGAGGCCGUCCGGAAGUCUAGAGAAGACCUGGAUAUGUACAAAGAACACUAUGACAACUUACUGGCGGAAGACAAAGUUCUGGAUCGCAGCUUUAAAAAGGAAUUUUCUGAAAUUCCCAGUCAUCAGGUGGAUAUACUCUACAAACUUUUUAAACGCCGACCAAGGAUUCACAAACACAAAGUACAUGCAGAAACAACCAGUCUUGUGCCUUUUGGAGAGCGACCAGGAUCUGGGAAAUUGAAUAAGGAUGCCUUUGCCCAGUUAAUGAAAGCCAUGGAUGACUUGGACAGUAUUAAUAAUAUGCCAGAAGGCUUGGACACCUCCGUCUGGGAACAUUUCUGCAUGACCAGAAGAGGAAAAGUGGAAAAUGAACAGAAAGUAAAGCAGAAAGCUGCUGGUUUAAUAGAAAUGGUGGCUUUCCUCCGGAGAAGAACUGAGGAUGAUGAGAAGGUGCAACAUGAAAUUGAAAAAGUGUUCCAUGAGCUCAUCCUAUUACAGGAAGACAAAGUGAAAUUCCAGUUGAAUUUGACGAUCCAAAUCCUCCUUAAACAAGGACAGGUAGAACUGGAGAAUUUCCAGUUAAUGCUGGAUUAUUCUGAUGCAAUCCUCAUCAACAAGGUCAUAAUUGAAGACUUGAAUUCUGUGAUUCGGGCUCAAGGACAAAAGAAAGUUGCUAGCAUGAUGGAAAGUAAAGAAGUCCAUAAAGGAAUAUUUCAGAUUGAGUGGGAACAUAAGAAGAUGGAGAUGGAAAUGGAAGAUCUAAAUCAGAAGGCUUGGGAUAUUCAGAUGCUGUUUUUUUCAAGAGAUCGUCAGAAGUACCUAAGUGAACCAAACUAUGAGACUCUGAUUGCCAUUCAGAUUGGAAUAAUGGAGCAGACUAUUGAUGUUUUAGAUAAGACUCACAAAAAGAAUGUGGAGAACUGCAAAAAGCUGCUUAAAAAGCUGAGAAGGUUCAGCAAUCAAAAAGAUAUAGCAAAUUAUACCCUAAGUUGCAAUUUACGAGAAGAGCUGGUGGCUGUCUCAGAGAGAAAAGACAUCUGUAAUGCAAUGGGGUCUAAACUGACUUGUGAAAAGAUUGCCAAAGAACGAUACGAAAACAUGAUGCAACAACAAAAGUUAACAAAAAUUUCAAAAGAACAAGCUGAGCAGAUUUCAAUACUACAGGCUGAAGUUGAAAGAUUAAGAAUGAAAACAUUUCCUGCUCUUGUUCAAAUGUAAAAAUACUGUGGAAAAUGUAAGACCAAAUCAAUAAUUUUUAAAAUAAUUUCAUUUGGUUAAAAUUAUUUGUUUCUCUUAUAUCAGAAAAUUUAAGUAGAGUCUUCUCUUACUGACAUAUUUUUUAUAGCAAAUUGUUUGAUUUUAGUCUUACUCACUAUAAAAAUGUUUGUCUUGCAUGAAUAAAUGUCUAAAAUAACAUGAAUUAUUCUUAUUCAAGAAUGAACAAGAUUUUAUCUCAGAAUAUAUUUAAGAUCUAUUUUAUUGUCUUAAUAAUAUUUUCACAGUAGUAGUAUAGACAGUCUUAAAGACAAAAAAUUAUUUUUAGCCACUACUGCCAUUUCUAACUUUAUAAAAUUACCAGAAACAUUAUGAGAUUAUGAUUUUUAUCUUUUAUAUUUUUCUGUAUUUCCCAUUUUCUUCAGUAAGCAUUUCUCUAUAAUUGGCAAAAAAUUCAUAGAAUGUUAAAGAUUAUUCCCUCUGCUGUCAGUGUGAACAAAGUGGUUUACUUUUACCAAGCCCUAAAUCAUUUGUAAAUUACAACAUAUUUUCUAUGUAAGCAUUCUACAUAAACAUGACAUAAUCAUCUUUA